AUGGCGUAUUCUCAGAUUGACGGUCCACCUACAAAUAUUCCCUUCGCAGGGGCAAGACCAUCGCCGACCCCGAAAUCAUCUCACGAAUAUUCAUGGAAGGACGGUCAAUGCAAUUGGGACCUAGCCUAUCCUGGAAUAUUCGAGAUUGGACCAGUUCGAUCGUGGAUUGACUCGGCGCCCUCGGCGUUAAAUGGAGUCUAA